AUGGGUGAGGAAAAUUCAAUAUCUGGUAUCUAUACUUCAACUUUUCCACCACCAACAACUUUGACUAUCAUACUGACAACAGUUUAUGUUGUUUCUCCUACUUUUCAAGGCAUCAUCAAUGAGCCUAUCACUUCUUUAUUCUCUUAUCAAUCAACAGAUCAAGAUACUCUAAAUAAUGAAGACGAAGAAGAUGAGAUGGUUGAAUUUGCUAAGCUAGAGAUUGACCAUGAAGAAGAAAAUGUUGAUGACAAUGCAAUUAUGUUAGGAAAGCAUUACAAAAUCCUUAACUCUAAACUCAACCCAAUUCUUUAA